GGUUCGCGGCGACACACAGCCAUCUUGGCUCCAGCCUUUUGGCCCAGAGGCCGCCAAACGUUUGCGUCUCGCCGCCCGCGCCGUCGUCCACCCGCCCGCCCUCUGGAUAACAUGGCCUCCCCAGCGUCCCUUUCGCUCGCGGGCGCCCUCGCCGGCACCUCGCCGCUGGAGCCGCGCGGCGCGCCGUGGCAGGCCGCCGUUGUGCCCACGGCUGCCUCGCCCGCUGCCUCCACACGCUCUGGGCGCUCAGCCGGUGCCAGCCCGCGCCGCCUGCUGCUCGCCGAGUCCCUCGCGGCGGGCCCGCCGGCGUACGACCCGGCGGCGCCUACUGCGCCGUCGGAGCCGCCCGUGCGCCUGUCACUUUUCGAGUCGCUCACGGCCCUCGACGGGCAGCUCGCGAUCGGCAGCAUGGCCGAGCUCGCGAUGCUGGGCCCCCCGCCUGGGCUGCCAGCGCCGCCCGGCCUCGAGGAUCAGUUCCAGGCCCAGGCCGACGUGGAGCGCGCCUGCAGCGCCUUCAGCGACGGCUGGUCCUCGGAGUCCACGGCCGCUGGCAGCGCCCGGCUCUCGGAGCGGGACUCCGCCUCGAGGAGCCCCGAGCCGGCCCACGCCUCCGCGAGGACGCCGCCCUUCGGCCACGCGUUCGCAGCGCCGGAGGCGGAGCCCUUCCACCCCAUGUUCGCCGCGCUGUUCGGCGUGAGUGCGGCACCCGCUGACCUCCUGGACACCCUGGGUUUCGCCGCCUCCCUGGCGGCGCCGCCCGCCGAGCACGCGGCGCACGAUCCGGCCACGUGCCGGCCCUGCGCUUGGUUCUGGAAGCGGGUGGGGUGCAAGAGCGGCGACGGCUGCGAGUAUUGCCACGUGUGCCCAGACGGGGCCCUGAAGGACCGCAAGAAGGUCAAGCGUUCGGAGCUGCGCGCGGACGAGGCCGCCUCGCCGCCCGCAGAGAAGCACCAGAUCAGUCUGGCAGCGCUCCUGUGAGGCGGCGGGCUUCGCAGGGAAGGGGGGUUCCCAGGGGGAGCGAUUGACCCAGGUCGACGUUAUGAAAAAAUCAUGACGUCGGGGGUCUGGGCAGUCGCUGUGAUCUCGGAGGUCUGGGGAGUGCGGAUCUGAGCGGCACAGCGUACGCAGACUUGCGCACCCCGUGGCGCACCAGCGACCAUCCACCGCCACGGGGCAUGGCGCCGCUCUUCGAUCCGGUCUUCACGGCGAUGUUUCGCUCGGCGUUCAGCAGAUGUUCUCGCUUGCAGCAUCGUCCCAUAAACAAGUGCAAGAUCGCUCGCUCAUGAGAUGUUCCAGGUGGUCAUAAAAAGGGGCGACGUUGCGGGUAGAGAUUGCACAGUUAAUUCGCAUUGCUCACUGUUCAAUUGUCUGUGCGCAAUGACCCUAGAGGCCAGCUUCUAGAGAUGCAUUCAUGCAUCCCUGUUUGGGCAGUUUCCUGCGCACCGCAUCGACUCGUUUCUCCCGCAGCAGCUGCAGCAUGAGGUACUCGAGCGCAAGACAUGAUGCCAUGCUUGUGGACAUCACCGUUCUUUACUUGGCAGCUGACUGCGAGGCCACUGCUCGAGCGGGCGCGGACGCUCCGUUUAAUGCCGGGGAUUCAGAAUGCGGCUGGGCUCUUAAUCUAAUUUGAUUAUUUUGACGUGCCUGGAGGAAGGGGCGUCUCGCACCUCUGCGUGGAGAGGCGGGAGGGCAGGAUGCCGUGCUUUUUUCCAGGAGCCGCUGCCCCCGCUCCCCAGACGACGAGCAGGCGGCGACGACCGCUUCCGUGAGCGGAGACGACGCACUGCGGGGGAGGGAGCGCGGCAUGAAUAUGAAUACAAAUUCGAAGUUUGUCUGCCGCUGGGGGUCAGCAGCACCGUCGGCGGCAGGCAUUCCACAGUGGCUUUUGAAUUGCCUUUCCAGGGCCCAAGUGCGGGCAUGGCGCUGGCAUGAGCAGCACUACGCUCGCACGGGAGCUACCCAGGAGCUUGCCGCAUUGUUGGGGUACGCCCAGCGAUCGGAAUCAUCGCAUGGGAAGGUCGCCCCGGACACGCCGCGGCAUUGUGGAAUUCAACGAAUCGAAUCAGAUAUUUGUCAUGGCAAGACGCCUGGACCAAUUCGAUUGCCGCUGGCCGACGCUACGCCGUCUGGGCGCACGGACUAUGCGACAGGAUGCAUGCAGCGUCUAUUCUCCUUGACAAUUAAAGCAGAACACGUUGUCGUCACAGGAACACUGCAAGCUGCUCGCUUUAGUUGUUCGCAUGUUCGCCUACUCUCCUCCGUCAGCUUGCGCCUGCAUGUGUAAAUUCGGGGGAAUGGCAACAACUGCCACUCGCCUUGCGUACUCGCAUUGUGGAUGCUUUGUGUGCAGCCGGCACUGGACACCGAGCAUGCUCUCUUUCAGCUUGUAAGGUCGUGACGUUGCGUGCUGCGCACAGCCGGCUGCACACGAAGCUGCUUACGUCUUUUCCAGCCAGCCAAAAGGCAAACGGCCUACGCUAGUGAGUGUUGUUGCUGAUGCCGGCAAACAUGGAGCAUCCAGGGGACAGCGUCCUGACGGACGCUAUUCGAAAAUUCGUCAAUGUUGAAGAGGUGGCAGCUUAGGCUCCGCAAACAUCCACAGGUGCAAAGGCUCAAUGACCUGUUUGCGGCCCUGCUGGGCGAGGACCUUCCCAAAGUCCUCUGACAGGCCGAAUUCGCACCGAACGAAAAGGCAUUGCCACAUACGAUGACGACGACGAUGACGAUGACG